AUGAAUGACAUUUAUGAGCACGUCAGACAAUCGGGCCAGCAAAUGUCUGAAAAAAUGAAAACCCGAUAUGACCGCAAAAUGAACAAAAAAGGGUUCGACGAAGGUAGUGAACCUUCGUCGAACCCUUUUGUGUGGUUGUACAAUCCAGUUCGCAGCAAAGGGAAAUCUCCUAAGCUUCAAGCUAAAUGGGACGGCCCGUACUGGAUUGUGACAAGGAUCUACGACGUAACCUACCGGAUACAAAAAGGUGCAAGAAGUACUCCUAAGUUCGUCCAUGUGGAUCGAUUGGCGCGUUAUUGUGGGCCCGAUAAUACUCGGGACGAGCUUGUCUUAGGAGGGAGCAUGGAUAUUCUUACACCGCCACUACACGGUUACUCUGACCAAUGA